GGCCAUGAUUGUUAAAACACAACGUACGGUUGGUCUAGAUGGAAAACAUCAAUAAAGCAAAAUGCAUUAGCCGAAUUUGUUUACUACGGAUGAUUUGUUUGAACGUUCGUUUGAACAACUGAAGAUACAUUUCAUGGAUAUUUAAUGGAAUAAUGGAGCUAUGACGGAACAAACUAAAAAUUGAAUUUUGUAUCAGUAAACGUUUUUGUUUGUGCUCUAAAAUGUGACCGACUUAUAAGUAGGUAACACGAAUGAGGUGUUCCGUCUGUGUGAAGCAAAUGUUUAUUACCAACGUGCUUGAGUGACUGCAAUGGGUUCGACACAGCCACAGUUAAUAACACCAAGUACGAGAGCUUAACCAUACACGGAGGAAAUUCACCUGAAUAAUGGAGUUGCAACUUUCUACAUUGGCCGAUAUUUAGCUCCAUGUUCAACAUUUGUAAUUUGACGAGUCUUGGGAACAUAAAUGACAGGAUGUGCAUAGGCAUUGGAGAUGACACACAGACGAAAGCAACACUCUGAGAUGAGCUAGCGCAGUGAAGGAAUUUGAACAUUCAAAUAUUAAAUACUGCUAUUUUUAGCAAUUGACCCAUAUUUUUGCUCCAUGUUCAACAUUUCUAAUUUUACGAAUCUUUGAAAGACAAUGAAAAGACGUUUCGUGCAAUGACAUUGAAAAUGACACACGCAACACCCUGAGAUGAGCUAGCGCAGUGAAGGAAUUUGAACAUUCCUCCAAAUAAUAGUACUAUUUUUAGCCAUUGACCCAUAUUUUCUCCAUGUUCAACGUGUCUAAUUUGACGAAUCUUUGGAAGACAAUGACAAGACGUUUUAUAGUGCAACGGCAUUGAAAAUGACACACAGACGAAAGCAACAGUCUGAGAUGGGCUAGCGCAGUGACGGAAUUUGAACAGUUCCUCCAAAUAAUAGUACUAUUUGUAUCAUCAUGAUUCUGGCGGGAUUCCUUCAUGGUUGGACGUUCCCACCUCGAUUAAAAUUUAGACAUGGAUAUGUGACGGUUCUUCUUGCCAUAUUCUUCAAAAAUGUUGACAUGUAUUCAUCUGAUUAUUCAUCGAGUGUCGUCAAUGGAGACGACCUCUAUGCCGUCAGGUUAGUAGACGGUUCCACAAUCUACGAAGGGCGAGUAGAAAUCAACAGAAACGGCGUCUGGGGACGAGUCUGCGAUUCACUGUGGGACAUCAACGAUGCCUACGUCGUCUGUCGUCUGCUCGGCUACGGCACGGCAAAGAACGCCACGGUCGGGGUUCACUUUCCCCCUGGGUCGGGGGAGUACUGGUUGGACAAUGUGUGGUGUGGAGGAUGGGAGUCGAGGCUGUCAGACUGCGCCUUUGACGGGUGGGGAGUGAUCAGCGGAUGCGGAGAUGGGAACUCUGCUGCUGGGGUGAUAUGCCAGGCCUACGAACCGACAGAUGCGGUUACAAUACGCCUUUCUGGAAGUUCCUAUUCAUUUGAGGGGCGUGUCUCGCUCUUUAAAAGUGGGGCGUGGGGUACAAUAUGCAAAGACAACUGGGAUCUGGAAGAGGCACAGGUGGCAUGCUUACAGCUUGGAUUUGAAGGAGCUCAGUUGGCCGUCGAUGCUAAGAUCUGGUCAAGCGGGUCCCACAAUAAUCCCGUCUAUCUGGCGGGUUUGCACUGCCAAGGGACUGAAACAAAUCUAGCACAGUGUGCACGUGACGACUGGACGGAUGAUAGAUGUAGCGGUUACCAUGGUGAUGCUGGAGUGAUCUGCGAAUCAGAGAAUACUCCUGCGGAGGGUGACCUAAGGCUAGCCGGGAGUUCGACCUCGGGAGCCGGCCGUUUGGAGGUCUACCAUCACGGAAUCUGGGGGACAAUCUGUGACGACAACUGGACGGACAAUGAAGCCAGGGUGGCUUGCAGGCAGCUAGGAUAUGAUGGUGUCACUUCCACAUUUGAUUAUACGGAUUACGGACGGAGCACGUCCAGCAUUCUUCUUGACAACCUGUUUUGUACUGGGCGGGAAGCAAGACUAUCCCAGUGUCCACACAACGGCUGGGGAGAGCACAACUGCAACCAUUUAGAAGAUGUUGCCAUCGCAUGCAAGACAUCUAAUGAUGAGGAUCAGAAUGGAAACAUCUCCCCUUCGAUGAGUACAACCAUAGGAGCCAUCAUAACAUGCCUCGUGGUCAUCCUAUUCGUUUCACUAUGCAUCCGCUACCUCCACCAACGCCAAAAAGCAUCCCACGCUGCCCGACAAACAAACCGAAUCGCCAACGCCGACUCCGAGACCACCCCGAGCCCGCCACUCUACCCCCGGGCCAACUCCGGUCUCUUUAUAGUCAACGGGAUCCCCAUCGACCCCAACCUCCCGCCCCGUGAUCUGGAGCCUCCGGACUACAGCAGCGGGCAGUGGAAGCCUGCCGGGGUACCCCACGAGCCGCCCCCGUCCUAUGAGGUGACAGUCGCCCACUACCCCGACGCUAGAACUGAAGGGGUGUCAUCGCCUCGGCCUCCGGAGUAUACCGAUGUUUCCCGAACGAACAAUUUAAUAAUAAGUACGAGUCGGCAGAGUGACUAUCCUAAUUAUACAGAUCCAGCAGAUCUACCUGGCUACAUUGGUACUGAAACGCCACCAAGUAGCCCACUGCCACCUGCAGAAUAAAGACUGUGGACACUAUUGGUAAUUGUCAAAGACCAGUCUUCUCACUUGCUGUGUUUUCAACAUUA